ACUUGCUUUCUAAGGGGCAAUCGGGUGUGGGUGGAGGUGGCUAUAUAUGUUGACUGAGGCUCUGAUGGCUUCAGUAUCUUACUCAGACACACAUCAUGAAGAUCGUCGCUUUUGCUGUGCUGUUCGCCGUGGCUGUCGCCGCCCCCCAGUAUGGUGACUCUCCCCGCUAUGACUCGAAUGAGAUCCCCAUCUUGAGGGACGACCGUGUCCACGAGGAAGACGGCAGGUACAACUUCGAUUUUGAGACUGGCAACGGUAUCGUUCUGUCCCAGUCUGGCUCUCCCACCGGCCCUGAAGGAGCUGUGGUCAAGGCUGGACAAUACUCCUACACUGCUCCUGACGGCACUCCCGUCGUUGUGAAGUUCGUCGCCGACGAGAACGGCUACCAACCUGAAUCUAACCUGCUGCCAGUGGCUCCCGAGUUCCCCCACCCAAUCCCUCAGUUCGUGCUGGACCAGAUCGCCUUCGCUGCUACAGAGGAACCUCGCCGCUACAGCUACGAUGAUUAAAGAUUUUCGGGUGAUAGGAGGUCCAUUGCGGAGGACGCUGCCUGCACCCUGACGCAGACAUGGUGCGCUAAAUAAAUUUGUACUCGUUAAUGAUUAAAUAUUAGAGGUGUGUGUGUGUGUGUGUGUGUGUGUGCUAUAAACUACUUCUUUUUUAAUAUAUUAAGAAGUGUGUGUUGUGUGAAUAGUGUGUAUUAUGUUCAUAACACAUUAUAAAUAAAUCUAAGUCGGUG